AUGACUGACACCACAACAGCAUACCAGGCACUUACAAAACACUUGGCCAAAGCAGGAUACCAUUUUGUCUGUCCCUCUCCAGAGACCCAAGCCAGAGUGGUGCAGAAGAGAAGUUUGGCUGCAUACAAAUACGCUAAUAAUGGGGAGGAAUUCUUCGGCUGGAAUUUGCCAUGUGCUAGGCAGACGCUGGGAUUGAUGAUACCCGAUGUCAUUUUCGAAAGCUUACUCAAAGCCUCCAUCAUCGAAACUAGCGACAACGUUCAUUACCGGUCUAAAGUUCGAAUCUCCAACUUCUAUCUACCCGCCGUUCCGAGUCUAGACCUCGACCUUGGGGCUGCACCACUCUACUAUGUCCACUCUGCUUUUCCGGCAUCAUCAGAUUCGGUGUUCUUCGGGCCCGAUACGUAUCUUUUCAUCGCCUUCCUACGUGGCAUGACGCGUCACCUACUAGACCCACCCAAGUCUAUAAUAGAUGUGUGUUGCGGUUCAGGAGCGGGUGCAAUACACAUGGCAAGAACAUAUCCGCACGCACAGACGUACGGUAUGGAUUUGAAUCCACGUGCGCUGAGGCUGGGCAGUGUGAACGCAAGUUUGGCGGGUGUCAGUGUCGACUUUCAAGAGUCAAACCUCUACGCUGCUGUAUCACAUAGGCUCAAGUCCUCCGGUGUUGACCUCAUUGUUAGCAACCCGCCCUACAUUGCCUCAAGUUCGGAUGGUGAAGACCUACCUAUAUACGCAGAUGGUGGUGCCGCAUGUGGACUUGACAUAUCCAGGAGAAUAGUGGAAGAAGGAAUGGAGAUCUUGUCUCCAAGCGGCAUCCUUGUACUCUACACUGGAGUCGCGAUAGCGGCUUCAUGCCCUGGUUAUGACACAUUCUUGGCAACACUCAAAAGCAUGGACAACGUAGACAUAGUAGAGUACACGGUAUUGCAUCCAGACAUGUGGUCGGAAGAGAUUGGCCAAGGUGCGUAUGCGGAUAUUGGCAGAAUACAAGUUGUGGGAGCUGUGUUGAGAGCGAAGCGUUGAAGCAGGAGAAUACCACAACUUGGGCGUUUCGGAAUCGUGGAAGGCCCUCCAAGGGUUAUUAAAACGCCUUAAAGAUAGUUUGCAUGAACUUUUCUUCGAUUGAUCAGAAAGCUAUCUCGCCAAAGAUAUAAUCAUAGAUUUCUCAAGAUUUAUUUGCAUGAGUGGCUCCGCCAAAAGGCUGAAACGUCAGCCAGAAAUCCCAUCUUGUAGUCCUUAGGUCUGUGACCUGUAACUUCGGAUUGUAAGGUCGGCUUUGAGAACCUGAGUCCCAGGAAACGGAGAAUUGUGUAAAUAGAAUGCAGAUAGAGAAACCCUUACGACGGUAGCAUGUAAAAGCUCAAGACAACAAGAAGUAAAUUGUAUAGUGCAACAAUCUGGAC